CUUAUUAUGUAGAUGUGGAACUCAAUCUGCAAAGCUUACCAGAUGAAUAGGUGUGAACUUGGCAUUGUGGUUAGAGAAAGCUGCUCUUAUCCUAGAUGCCAAUGUGGAUUCUAUGUUGGACAUCCGUUUUUUUUUCUUCUUUUUGUGCACCGGACCUCAAUUUUACACAUGACAAAAUUGGAGUUUAUCUGAAUGAGAAGUGUUUGUACUAAAGUUCAUAACUUAGAAAAAUACAAGAUGGAUAUAGCUAAAUUAAGAGAGAAAUUUUAAUAACCUUGACAAUUGUAAGAAAGUGUGAAUCUAUAAAUAAAUUAUUAAAGUAAAGACUAAAUAUAAUUAAAUAAUGUAAUAUGUUAAGUUAACAGAUCUUUUUUUUUGUCUUGGAAAAAUUCCAUUAAAACUUAAGUCAAUCGACUUAUGAGGUAUCUGAAACAAGAAAGGCUAAAAGAAACAAAGGAACAAAGGGCGAAAAACGCAACAAAAGACAUCAGUAGAUGCCGUAGAAAUAAAUAGACUCCCAAUCAGGGGAAGUUAACAUAUCUAUCUAUACUAUUAUCUGCGAAGUAAUUUUCGCAACGGAUCUCUUACGUUAAAAGUUAGAGCGAUUAAAAUCUAUGUUACCCUUAAUGAAUUUUUAUAUAUAACUUUCAUGUAUAUAUUUAACAUGACAAAUAUUAAAAACUAGAUUAUUCUUUGAUUAUAUUAAAGGCUGGAUUAAUUUAAGGUUUUUACUAUUGCCAAAACAUUUAAGACCUUUACACUGUUAUAAGACGGAUUAAAAUUGAUUGUCUUAUUUCAAUUAUAAAAAUAAAUUUUAACUAAUAUGACAAAUUAAUAUUAGAUUAAUAAUGUAUUAGUUAUAAGAACAUCCAAAAACUCAAACCAAUUCUUUUAAAUAUUAAAUAAAUUAUAAAAUCAAUAAAUUGAGUUUAUUAUUUUCUAUAAAAUUAAUUUUAUAAUAAUAUAAUAUUUUAAAACAUAACAUUUAUUGAAAACAUGGUUUACAAAUAAAAAUAAAAUCUAUGUUAUUUUUUAAAAUUAAAAUUUAUGAAAUUAGUUAUACAUUAUCAAAACGCGUAUAAAAAUCUAGUAAUAAAUAAUAAAAGAUAUGAUAUUUAAUAUAUUUAUUUUUAAAGAAUGUGAAAAUAAAAAUACACUAAAAUGAAAUAUAAUUUUUAUAAAUUAAAUACAGUGAACAUAAAUAAUAAAUAGGUAAUCUGUAAAAGAUUAGAAGGGUAAAAAAAGAAGGAGAAAACAGACGCCAAAUAAGUGGGGGAUAAAAAUCUACGAAGCCCCCAAUUGUUUUUAGAUGGUCAAAAAUCCCUAAAAGUUUCGAAAGCAUUACAGAAGAAAAGCGCCAUUGACCUUAAAAAAAAAAAAAUCCCAAAACCCACACACACACACACACAAAAAAAUGGCGCUUCUUUUACACUUUCCAUCUCUUAUACAUUUCUAUAUUCAAUCCAAUCUCUCUCUCUCUCUCUCUUACCCACUGAGAAACCCCAUGGCGGAGAAUCAGAACUCCACGAGGAUGACUAGGGCGGCGGCGAAGCGAAAGGCCUCCGUAACGGACGAAAACCCAGGUAGCAAGAAGAGAGUCGUUCUCGGAGAGCUUCCGAAUAACUCCAAUGUCGCUGCUCCGCUCAUACCCCUCCAAGAAAGAGAGACCCAGAAGCCUAAAUCAACUCUCUUCGCCGCCAAGAAGCAGACGAAGAACCCUCCCUUACCUCAGACCGUAGAUUUCGAAUCCGGAUCUAGCGAUCCUCAGAUGUGUGGUCCUUUUGUCGCUGACAUCUGCGCCUAUCUCCGCGAAAUGGAGAUUCAGGGGAAGCUGAAGCAAAGACCUUUACAUGAUUACAUUGAAAAGGUUCAGAGUGAUUUGACGCCUAGCAUGAGAGGGGUUUUGAUGGACUGGUUGGUGGAGGUUGCUGAGGAGUACAAACUCGUCUCCGACACGCUCUAUCUCACUGUCUCUUAUGUCGAUAGAUUCUUGUCCGCAAAGCCUAUUAACAGGCAGAGGCUUCAGCUUGUGGGUGUUUCUGCUAUGCUUAUUGCGUCUAGGAAAUACGAAGAGAUAAGUCCUCCUAAAGUGGAAGAUUUUGUUUACAUUACUGAUAAUACGUUUACAAGACAAGAUGUGGUGUCCAUGGAGGCUGAUAUACUUCUUGCUCUACGGUUUGAAUUAGGAUGUCCAACCAUCAAAACAUUCUUAAGACGGUUCACAAGGGUUGCUCAAGAGGAUUUCAAUGAGUCACUGUUGCAGAUAGAGUGCCUCUGUUGCUAUCUCUCAGAGAUGAGUCUGUUGGAUUACAGCUGUGUGAAGUUUUUGCCAUCUAUGUUGGCAGCUUCUGCUGUCUUUCUUGCUCGAUUCAUCAUCCGUCCAAAACAACGUCCCUGGAACCAAAUGUUAGAAGAGUACACAAAGUACAAGGCGUCUGAUCUGCAACAACCUGUGGGAAUCAUACAUGACUUGUAUCUAAGCAGACGAGGGAACAGUUUAGAAGCUGUUAGGAACAAAUACAAGCAGCAUAAGUUCAAGUGCGUUGCUACCAUGCCUGUUUCACCUGAGCUGCCCCAAGCUUUCUUUGAAGAUGUUACAAUCAGAUAAAAGGCUUGCUUAAAGGAGCUUUAAUUGUUUGUAUAUGUCAUUAGAGUUGCAGCUUAGUGUUGAAGAUUUUUUUCAACCAUAGAAAUUUCAUUUUGCUUGGCCAUUCAUUUCAAUGGCUAUGAGCUUUGAUUGAUCUGUCUUCUACUCUUUUUUUUUUUUUUGUGAUUCUAUCAAUGUAAAAGCCUCUUUAGAUCA